CGAGGACGCUGUAGAAUGCGCUGAAAUUUCACAACAGGAAAUCAAACAAAACGAGCAUCUAACAGUCUACAUCCAUAAUAAUUUUCAGCUCAAAAUUGACAUAAUCAUCAAACAUGAAUGAAUCGGCUGCUUCAAAUUUUAUCAACUCCCUUGUGAGAAAUCUUCAAGUGUUGUGUCACAGUAAUGUAGAGUUUAGAAAUGAUAUUGAGGUUGUGGGACAUCUUUACUUAAAAGUUGACAGACAAAAGAAAUUUAAUUAUAUUGUGGAUGAAAAAGUGUGUAAAAAUGAUGCCUCCUCUACAAUGUUUGUUAGUAACAGUUAUCAUUCAGUCAAUCCAUCACCUAAAAAGAAAGAUGGCCAAGGCAGUGAAGGCUCAAAUAAAACAAACACUGACUCUUCAGACAGUGCAAGUGUUGAUCCAAAUCGUGUGAAUUCUAAAGGAGACAACCGAUCUGUGCCAUCAUCACCACACCAUCAACAAUCAGGAGAUAUUUAUAGAACACCAAUUAAAAGGGGAAUGAGAUCACCAGAAGUGCCAACCAGAAAACAACCAAGAAUGUCAGGGGAUAUGAGUGGGGGUACAGGACCACAAUCUUUUAGCUUCUCGCUUCAACGUGAUAGGGAAUCGCCUCAUAAGCCUGAUCGCUCAAUGUCUCAAGAUAGUUCUAGUUCAUUUAAAGACGCUGGUGGUAGUAGUGAAGCUGUAGAAAUAGACUUAACUAAUAUUAAAGAGGAAGUUAUAGAUGAUAAAAGUGCUAUACAAGCUAGUUGUUUCUUUAAUCAAGAACAACAGCAGAUGUUAGGGCAGAGCAGUGUACCCCCCUUCCCUAAAGAACCAGGUUCUGAUGACAUGGGUUUAUACCCAGUCUCUUUACAUGCUAACGAAAGUCCUAACAUAGACAACCUCUCACAAUUAGCCAGUAAUUUAGCCAGCGGAUCAUCUCAAGGAAACCCAUUCAGUCAAUCACCUCAACAAAUGCCACAAUUUUUAUCAGAACUGUUAGCCAGGAAACCUUAUAAAGAGUUAACAUUGAAUGAAAAAGUGAAAUUGAUAGAAUCAUACCAGGCAUACCCUAAACCUACACAACAAGAUCUAGCCAACCAAUUUGGUAUAGGAUCAGCCACAGUUCACAGGAUAUUAAAAAAGAAAGAGGAAAUUUUAAUUGAAUAUGAAAAUUCUCGGACAAAACAAGCAACUGCCCAUGACCUUAAAGCGAAAUUUUGA